AUCCUCAAGUUGCCUGCACGUUCUUCUUCUUCUGCUGCGUGCCUUGUCAUCACGCAGGGCAGGUUUCGUUUUGCAAACACGAUAUAGUCCUGUCUUUUUCAAGCGCGAGAGAGCUCUACCGAGGAACUGAGGAAAAGGACUCGAGGGCGUUAUAGAGGGAGGGGCCAAUUAAUAUAAACGAACCUAGAUGGAUUUAAACAUGUAGGUAAUGCUAUGUUGUUGUAUUCAUGUGACGCCUGGUGGGAGGCAGUAAGGUAAACGUCCGGGAUAUAAACACACACAUACACACGGGUCUGAGCGGGAUGCCCGCGUGACUGCAGGGAGGAAAGAGGCGGAGGAGGAAGGAGGGGGGUCUUGGUGCGUGUGUGGACCACCGCAAAACCCCCGAGGUGGAGUUGUCAAAGAUCGAAACCUGUGAUGAAACAACCACCUCGGCCUGGCGGCUAUUUUUGGUGCAGUUGAAAAGUGAAGGAUAUUUAUUUCCUGUUCACGUCGAGGUAAUUUACUCUUCGCUUCCCGAUCGGACCAAUGUGAUCUUGUGGCUUUGAUCUCCACACCGUCUGUUUCUCCUUACGUGACGGGAUGAAGAGGACCUGAGAGAAGGUCGUAAGAGGAGAGGAGGGUACUUGAUAGCAUGUUGUUUCUCCGGCCUGGACACUCGGACUGACCGGCUGGUGUUAUAUAUACCGAGGUGCCGAAACGACGAGGGAUCAGCUGCUUUCUUUGGGAUGCUUUCAAAUUUGCGGCCUGCUCGGGUCUCCAGUUACCGCAAUGCCACUGGCGAGAGGAGGCAGGAGAAGAGGAGGAGGGUGCAAUGAAGAGCAAAUGAGUAUAACAAUGGUGUUAAGAAUGCCUUGUAUCAAUCAUUGCUUUUUAAACAGCAAAUGACUGAGUUCUGAGACUCUAUUAACUAUAGUGGCCUAGGAGAAAUGGACAUGUGUUGACUGAAACAAUCAUGGUUGAAACGUCAAGUGAGGUGAGUACAGUGGGCCGUGAGUGUGUAGUGGCUGCUCAAUUCUCACUUUUCUGCUGACAAAGUUCUUGGACUCCCUGACUAGACCUACACCAUGGGGCAUUGCGCAGAACCCAUGGCACUUGCCAGUGGAGAGCUUGGUGCAUAAUUUGACAGAGUGGAGCCCUGAAGCCAGCAUUUAUGUCUCUCCCUCCUCUACUCUCCUGCACGUCUACCCACAUAGCUGAACUUUGUUUUAUGAGACUGGGUAACAAUCUCUCUCAGCUCCCUCCACAAAUAUGCCUUCACCCGUCUGACUCCAGCAGCGUUGCUUCAGCCUCGGGGUCUCGAGGAUGGUCAGACAGCCGCAGGGGCAAUGUCUGGUCGGGGGCCUGUUGGGGCUCGACUGCUCCUGUACCUGGGGCUGUGCCACCUGGGCCUGGGUGCCAUGGUCCUGGCCUUCUCUUUUACCAGCAUGGCCUUCACCUCCUCAGCUCGCGUGAGGCAGUCAUGUCCCUUCUGGGCUGCUUCUUCGUGGUGGCAUCAGGGAUAGUGGGAAUCAUCUCAUGGAGGAGACCUCUGACAUUAGUGUCUUUGUGUUUCUACACAGGUGUCCCUGUUCAUGCUGCUGUCUGCAGUAUGUGUGAUCCUCAGCCUGGCUGGCUCUAUGCUCUCCUGUCAGAAUGCACAGAUGGUCAAGUCCAUGCUCACCUGCCAGGUGGAGAAUGGUCUGUGUGUUUGUUGUGCACCCACUCACUCCUGCUCCAUCACAGAGGAGGAGACCCUGGUCCUCUACCUGAACGCUGACUGUCACUCAGUCAGACAUCAGCUGAAGGAUCUUUUGUUCAGUGCAUGUGGUCUCAGCAUUCUCUCCACCAUCAUCUGUACUCUGUCCACUGUGACCUGCAGUAUCCACAUAUUCUCUCUGGACCUUGUGCACCUGCUGGCCCCACAUCGCUCUCGCUCAGUCAACCCAGAAUGCACCACUCCUCAGGACGCCUUCCUAACGAACAUCAUGGACUUUGAGGAGUUUGUCCCACCCAUCCCGCCACCCCCAUACUAUCCGCCUGAGUACACCUGCAGCUCUGAAACGGAUGCUCAGAGCAUCACCUAUAAUGGUUCCAUGGAGAGUCCUGUCCCUCUCUACCCUACUGAUUGCCCCCCACCUUAUGAAGCUGUGAUGGGACAAAGAGCAGCAAGCCAGGCCACAAUGUAUGACGCCCACGGCACUGAGCUGUCUGGAGAGAGAGGGACUUCUACUGCUUUCAGUGGAGAAGUGUCCAUGGACAGUGGAUCUCUGUUGAUGUCAGAGAUUGUGGACAUACCUGAUGAUUCGUCCCCCUCUGAGGAUUCUUGUCUGAUGGAGGUGGCCCUGAGGAACCAGGGAGAGAGGGGCACCAGGAACCUUGGUGGUGGAGGGGAUGGUGGAGAUGGUGGAGAGUACUUCAACUUUCGCUGCCCAUCUUCUCAAACACCGGAGAGUCCCCUGGCAGGAGGGCCAAGAGCAAGGCGCUUCAUCAGAGGAGAGAGGUCCAACUCCUGCUCUUCACCCAGCACAGCUACUAAUACAUACAGGUCCCCAGUUUUGCGUCGCCAGGCUAUGCUAGCUAGUAGCUGUUCUCAGCUGGAAGCGAUAGGCAACUCCACCUCGCAGCAGCGAUCCUCCAUCACAGAGAUACGAGGCCAGUCCUCUUCCCCCUCACGCCAAGGAGCUGCCCAACUCUUCUCUGCUCCUCCCAUUUCACCCUCAUCAGCUGCCUGUGAACAGAUUGCUGGUCAGGGUAAUGGACCACACCUCAUGGGCCAACUGUUGUACUUCCGACGACGGGCUGGGAAGAGUGAAAAGGAUGGAGAAGGCGUAAAACAGGACAGUGACGGACUCCUACGUCUCGUGAGGUCACACAGUGAGCCCGGUUUUGGCUCCUCCACUGAUACAGUUGACUAUGGCUCCGUGGGAAGCAAAGGAUCUGUAGACACAGGUCCAUCCUCUGAGGCAUGUUUGUUGCCGCGCACCUCCUUACCUCCUGCUGAAGCUCUGCCAAGAAAAGGCAGCAUGAAAUCAGCAGCGGCCGCUGGGGUGCAAGUCCCCUCCAAAACUCUCCCCACCUCACCUCUGCGUUUACCUAAAGACUGCAACCGUUCCCUUGGAGACCUAAAGGUGACUCGAGUUCUGAUGGCUCGCUUCCUGCAGCGCUCUAGACGCAACCUCUCGCCUUCCUCAGAGCAUGCUGGGAACACAGGGCAGGGGCCAAAAAGGAGGACUGGAGCUGAGGGUGCUGCCACUAACCAUCUGCCCUUGGAACAAGUUUUGCGUACCACCUGGAACACCACUCGUGCAAACCCCAACCAUCACUCCCAUCACCCCCAUCGCCGUGGACACCACCAUUCUCACAGUGACAGUCGACACAACCGGCACUACAGCAGUCGGGCGCCGGAGGGGAUCCACCUGCGCAGCUGUGGGGAUUUAAGCUCCUCCUCUGCAUCGCUACGUCGAUUAGUUACACCUCAUCCUCCACAUGGGUCAUCAGGGGCUCUGUACUCAGAGUCUGCGCUGUGAGGAGGAAAGAGGUGAAGCAGAGGGCAUUAGGUUCACAGGGCUGUAUGGGAGACGAGGAUGGGGAUGGGGGGGGAUUAAGCAGACUGAUGAAAAGGAAGAUCUAGAGGAGAUAUCUAGUACUGAAUUCUGAAUGACUUUCCUCCCUCUCGUCCAUGUCACCUGAGACCAGCUGUGCAAAUGGCCUUAUUCAGUGGUGCUUUUUAUCUCUCUGAACAUUAACCUUGUGCUCCUACUUUUUCACUGCUCAACAUCAGUGAAACAUCACUGGAUGCUCAAGUCUGGGCAGUUUGACCCUGUGUUGACACCCAGAACUAACUAAGACAACAAACAAGAGGUAUCUUCUCUGCUGAAUUCUCAAGUCCCUCUCCCAAAGACUCAUCUGGAAAUGUAUUUUCCUUGAGGCUGGAGGCAGAACUCAACUAGCAUUCAUGCUACAACAGCCACUGACUCACUUGUGCAUUCAGUCUGUUACAUAAUUAUUGGUUGCAAUAUGCUUCUGACCCUUUUGUACAUUGCUAUUCAUCUGCAGGAUUGCUCCGGUGAAGUGGUCAUGGAAAUCCUUAUUUUGUCUUCCAUUUAUUAAAAGAAUGCAUCUCAGAUAAGUUGAGCUAGAGGAGUACAAUGUAAGAUAAACAGAUAAGGUUACACAAGAGGACAUGCUCUCACAUGGAAAAUCUUUUGCUGAGUUGUUGACUUUGUUUUUGUUUUUUUGUGUGUAUAAUUCAGGUUCACACUUUCUCCACGCUUUUCCACCUACACAUUUGCCUUCAAUAAAAGGCAGCCAGCAUUUUUGACAUUUACCUUAAUGCACGCCACAGACACAUGCUCAGCCUUUGAAAUGUAAUCUCCAAGGGUGGCGCUUUAACACAACGGUUUGAUUUGCAUAUGUGCAUGUUUUUUGCUACAGCCUCCCAAAUACCACAGGAACCUUGUGCAUUGAUCCUGACCGUCUGUGUAACUAAGUAAACACGUCCUCAGAAUGUCUUUAUCUGCAUGUUUUGACAAUGCUUCUUAAGUUUUAUCCUCUUGCACCCAAGACCUAUGAUUGCCAUUUGAAAUGUUUAUGUGUGUGUUAAUAGAUAGCUGAAGGGGGAAGGUCAGAGUCAAAGAUGUGCAGUGCUCCCAAAGUUUCCUUCCAGAUGGCUACAAAACAAGCCACUGCAUUCUAAUUUAAUUUGAUAUAGUCCGGAGAUGUUUUAAGUGCACAAACAGGGCACUAACUAUAGCAGCCUGAUCUUGUAUAAUAAAGAGGUAUGAACUGCACUGCGACUCUGGUGGACAUGCAGAGUCUGUUGCAAUAAAUGUACAGACACAUUUGUAA